AUGAAGCAAGUCCUUGUUGCGAGCUCGGUGGCGCUUGCAUCGCGGCUAGGUCUUUCCUUGAAGGUGCCUGCUAGCCUGGUGGAAGUGGAGCUGGAUGCGGCGGACUGUUUCUCAUAUUCGUGUAGCGAGGGCUACGUUCUCAAAUCCAACUUCCACGAGAUCACGGGCAGCUCUGACAGCGAGUGCUGCCAGCCCACGUGCGCAUUGUGGUCAUGCACGGGGCAUUUUGUCGCCAAUGAUUCCUACAAGGGCAACACCGGCAGCAGCAACGAGCAGUGCUGCGAUCAGACCUGCGCAGCUGUGACGUGCCCCAAAGACCAGAAGGUGCCAUUGGAACUGAGGGACUCCCCCGGAAGGACACCGAAGGACUGCUGCAAGGACACCUGCGCUGCUGUUGUGUGCGAGCCCUUCCACGUGCCCAUCAGGGCGAACCUGCAUUCUGUAUAUCCAGAUGGUGAAGACCAGAGCUUCUGCUGUGAGCCAACCUGUGGCGCCUACACCUGCGACUACCGCAAGGGCUUGGUGCUGGAUCCAGCGAAAAGGAUGGUUGCCAAUCCGAGCGAUGGGACUUGCUGCACAGCAACGUGCUCCAAGACGGCUUGCCCUGCCGGCUUCGAGACGCGCCCGGAAAACGCCAACAAGGAUGCACGGGAAGUGGAAUGCUGCGAGCCCCUUUGCAGCUCGCACUCCUGCAGCAGCGGCUGGGUCCCGGAUGAGACCAGGGCGGAGCGGGUGGGCAAUACAGAUCAGGAGUGCUGCCGAAGGACCUGCAAGGAAUACACUUGCUCUGCCGGCUGGGCGACAAAUCCAGCAGCUGCAGGCAAAAUUGGUGUUGACGACGAAACUUGCUGCUCGAAGACUUGCGCACAGUUUCAGGAGCAGUGUACUGGAGACUACGCGCCAAACGGCGCGACGAAUAACACAGUUGGCCAUACUGCUGAGACGUGCUGCUCCAAGACCUGUGCUUUAUACUCCUGUGGCACGGGCGUCGUCAUUCCCAAGAGCCAGAGUGUUGUUGGAAGCUCCGACGAGCUUUGCUGCGAAAACAGCCGUUGCCCGGCAAUGCGCAAUAUGACGAAGAUCGAUAGCGCCAAGGGCUGCAACUCGUUGGGCGAGGACGUUUGCUCCAAGCACUUUGUCGAACUGAAGAACAGCAUCACCAACAAGACGGAUGCGCUUGCUUGUCAAAUGACUGACAUCGGCCUCUGCGGUUUGGGUAGCGUUCCUGAAGUCCUCCCCACCGACUGCGCGGAGUAG